AUGGGUUGUGGAUGCAUACCACCGCCGCCCGACUUUGACUUACCACCCCCACCCAAUCCCACCCUUAUUUGGGAUCUACUAUCAGAUGAACCGAUUACUGAGUUUGUUAAAGUAAGUUUUUGUAGCCUAAUUUGGAGUCUAUUUUAUUGAAAAUGGCAGAGAUAGAGAGAUUUUAGGUAACGUAAUGAACGUUUUUGAUCGAAAAAGAGUGGCGCGGGGGUUUAAAUCGAGAAUUUUUGGUAUAGUUAGAUAGAGGAGACUAUGAGGAAGCUAUUGAUAUUAAACUUGAUUAGUUUUGAGCUCAUACUAAUGUUGUACUAGAAGUGAAAAGUUUGAUGAUUUACUAUAAUAUAAAUUUUAGUCAUAACUAAAGACUUCAUGUUUUUAAACUAAAAUUUUUGAUGUUUUAGAUAUUUUAUAGUCUUUUGAAAGUCUUAAAUUUUGGUUUUACUAGUUUCGACGUUAAUAUCGUGUUAUAAUAGAGCAUCACAAGUCUCGUAAAUUACUAUAAUAUAACUUUCGGUCCAAUUUAUUGUUUUUGAUCUGUUUAUUGGAGUAAAUAGGAAUUUAUAAAAUAGAAAUGAUAUAAAUUGAUUAAAUUUCAUUUGUUUCAAAGUUUUUCGAGUUCAAUCCCCUAAGGGGGUAUAUAUUUGGCGUGCAUGUCAAAGGUCAUAGGGACUUGUCAAGAAGAUAGUAUGAAUAUGAAAUAUGCUUCUAGGGAAUGUUUUUGAAUAUUUAGUGUAUUAAAAAAUUUAAAUACUUUUUUAAAUUUACUUUUGAGGGCAAUAAAGAGAGCAAAUUAUAUUAUCCUACCUAAAAAUUUGAUGGUUUAGCCCGGAAAAUCCUUGUUUUUAGGUAGUUUUUGAUGUUUUUUAAAAUUCUAAAGCCUGUGUUAGAUUAAUAUGAGACUUGCGGUCAUUUUAAGAUAUAAUUGUAUUACAAUGUCGACAAUCAAUCAUCUGUUUUUAGCUAAAUUACGGCCAAUGCGAGUUCAACCCCAUGUACAAUGUCUUGAAGGGCAAUGAAGUGUUUGUAUCUUUGGUGCUAUGUGUUCUGUUCAUUGUAACGGCUAUUGGGUUCUUAGUUGGUGCUAUGGUCUACAGAAGGAGGUAUGUAAUUAUAUUUUGUUUGUGGUUUUAGAUGUUAAGGUAGAUGAUGGAGGUAACACGAUUUUAAGGCCGUUUUUUGUCAAAACUAGAUGGUGGAUUGAGGCGGAACUUGCUGAAAAAGUAGAUAAAGGUAGUAUUGGGCAUGGCACAAAUUUUGGUUUUUAAAACUUCAUUUGAAAUUUAAAAAUUUUAAAAAAUUUGAAAAAAAUCCUUCAUUUUGAUGUCUAUACCUCAAUAUAAACCUCCAUAACAGCAAUCUACUCACUUUAAACCACAACCUAACACUUUGAACAGCCUUGCUAAAGUAUUUACUUAAAAUUUACCCAAAUCAACCCGAGAAAAAUGAAUUUACGACCGGCUGAUCCGUCAAAAUCGCCACUCGACAGGUCCCGAUAUUAUACAUCACUCGGGAUUAAACACAUGGUCGCAGGUUAUAUAAUAAGCGAUCAGCCAAUACGAUGAUGGAUUUACCAACCUUAUUGGUUUAGGGUCAGCUUAUAGUGGGGGUUUAACGAGGUUUAUUUUAUAUGAAAUGACGUCAUUUUAGGUGGGAUGAUAUCGUUAAGCUUAUUAGGGGAAUUAGACGGGUUUCAAGGUCAAGGGAAAAGUUUAGGUAUGAAAUUUGGGUCUAUAAGGGUAGGUUAAGGUAUUCUUUGUAAUUUUGUAUAAGGAUUUUAAAUUUGGAAGUUUGGUUUUAAAGUUAUGAAGUUUUAUAUCGUGAUAGGUAUAGCUAUGUUCAUGGUUAAUAUAAAACUGCCCGUAACUUUAAAUUUUUGUUAAAAUAUAUAAAGAACACUAAAAAUAACGUAUUUUACAAAAUUUUGAUCAAAAAUCACAUCUUUUUCUCCAAAAUUUAAUGUUAGUACAUCCAACCUCUUAGCUGUCUACCAUAAUAUAAUGAGAACAUAUUCCCCCUCGCCCUGACACUAUCUUGAUGAAUCACAUGUCUCGACUUUUGUAUUCCCAGUUUUUUGACGACAAUACGUUGGGACGAGGGGCUAAUCGCUCAUUUGAUGACAUAUAAACGAGAAAUGGAGGGGGGGGGGGGGGGGGAGCCAGGUCAUCGUGAGGUUACGGUAGCUUGUAGGGAAGUCUAAAACAAGGAAAAACAUACAUAAUAGGGGGUGUUUGACGAUUUUAGUCAUUAAAAAUGAUUUUUCGUCAAAAUCCAAGGCUAUCUUGGCAUUUUUUAAAUUUUUAAAUAACAUGUCAUACUGACGGUUUUUUUGAAAAAUGGGUCAGCAUGACAUAUUUUAUUCAACUUGAUGGAAAAAAUGAACGUAUUUUACACAAAAAAGCUAAAAUUUAUCAAUUAGUUUUAAAAAAUAUGUCAUUAUGACGAAUUUUCCAAAAAAUGUGUCAUUAUGACGACUUUUCUAACAAAUGUGUCAUAACGAAUAACUGAAAACCUCUCUAAUACCACCAUUUCAGACGAAACAGCCAAAAACGUUGCCCAUCCAGCUCGCUGAACAGCACGUCCAAGACCAACUCGGGUUCGGCCGAAACCGUCGUGACCAGCGGCCAAUGGCCAUACGGAUCGACCGGUCAUAAGGUGGUGUCACCGCAACUGCUUCACUCACCGACGUUCUACCAGCCUCAGGCGAUUGUAGCUCAACAGAACGCCCAAGGCGCGUUGAUUCGGCCCAUGCCUAUUCAUGCAGGCUGCGGACAUUCGAAUAGCUUGGGCGCGAGCCGCGCUUACUCAAAUAGUCUUGGUGCAGGCUGCGGAAGUGGAAAUGGGUCGGGCGCAGGCUUCCAAGGACAAAAUAGAAGCUACGGAGAUGGCAAUGGAUUGGGUGCAGGCUGCGGAAGUGGAAAUAGUAUGGGCGCAGGCUGCGGAAGCCAAAAUGGCCCAGGCGCGAGCUGCGGAAGUCAAAAUCGGCAAAGAAACGCCAAUCUCCCAAUAAAUUUGCAUAAUCUACCCCAAUUUUCUCAAAGUCAUCAGACUUUUGCCCAGCUCCCCAACAAUUACCACGCCUUCCAAACUCUACCGUAUAACUACAGUAACUCGUGCUGCAUGCACAGUAGCAACGGUUAUUGUACUUUGAGUUCCCAACCCCCACAUUACGAAGAGAUUAUGAGCGAAGCCCCACAUUACGCCGCGAACCCAAUUCACGAUCCUCAACGUGCCGUAGAACGACGCCCACCUCCACAAUGCCGACCACCACCCCCGCCCACCGACGAUACGGAAUACCAUGUACCACCAACAGUAAAUGUGAAUCAGCUCAAUAACAAUCUGGUUAUGGGUAAACAAGACCGGUAUGGUAACAGUACCACUUACAUGGAUGGUACCACUUAUCCAGUACCAGCACCACGCCAGUGUCAAAACACAACGAACUCGACCAUAAGUGAUGACAAUUCUGAGCUGGACACAUACCUAAAUCAAGGUGAACAAUGUGGUGUAGCAACCAGUGACCUACUAGGUACAGUACCAACUGACCUACUACAAGGUACGGUACCCAAUGACCUACUACAACAUUCAGACCCAAAAGGAAGAGAAAGCGGCUAUGGUACCGGGGAAAAACGGCUAGCUGGACCUAGCACAAGGUAUGGACUAGUUUGUUUUUGAAUUUUAAAAAAUUUCGGUGUAGAUCUAAUAAGAUAUGGCAGUUUUGGUGAGAAUAACCUUGGUUUUUGGGUGAUUUGUGGCGGUUUUGUGCCAUUUUAGAUGAAAUGUUAAGUUUUAAAAGAUAGUUAAGAACUACUAUUGUUUACUAUGGUAUUCUAAAGCUAUAAUUAAAAUUUCAAAAAAUUUUGUUUAGUAUCUAAAAAGUUGUGGCAGUUUUCAUCCGAGUUACCUUGAUUUCCCGCCUAUUCUAGACCCUUUUAUGCCAUUCUUUAUCAUAUAUGCCAUAACAAAAUGACAAACUACCCCUUACAAAGAUAGCCUAUACUAAUAAAAUUAAUUUUACAGCUAUCCCAGGUCACCAAUCCAGUCCAGUCCGCCGAAUCGCGUGGUUACCGUCACUCAAAAGCCAACGAAACAGAAUAUGACAUAUGUCUAA